GCAUUCUACAAAUAUGACAGCAUGGCCGAGACCAGUCUGUUGCCAUCCACAUGACAAUUUUUGAUUUUCACGCGCUAGUCGCUAGCGCUAGUCGAUACUUACUAGACACGAAACUAAUCUGGUUUCCAAGUGUGUCUUCACCUAAGUCAAUGAGUCACGUUGCCAUAAUUGUUCACCGUCAAAUUAGGAAGACAAGUGUAGCACUAGCAAUGUGACAGUUGUGAAACAGAAGCCAGUGGUAGCAACACGAACGGACGGUUUCAGAUGUCAUGUCAUGAUGUGUGCGUAUGCAUGACGUUACAUGCGCCUGAACAGACUGAUUUGCCUGGACCCACUAGAUCGAAGCAUGAGCUUAAAAACAAGAUAUGGAACCAAAGCUGAACAAGCCAAGUGAAACGACAGAGGAGGAAUCCUGUCAAAAGCUAUCAGGUUUUUCUCAGAAAUGCCAGAAGGAAGAAAGUUGGAGCAAACGCCGGAGAAGUGUUUUUCUUUCCUUGAUGCAUACUUGGAGUAUUUGUCCAACAGUGGUAAACUCGAACAUCAACCAACUGAUGUCAGAGAGCAUCCUUGUAAGCAGAACGUUGAUGAAGAAUCAGCCUCCGUAACGAUGCCUCGAAGACAAACAGUUUCCAGGAAUGGAACCUGCGCACGGAACCUGGAAUCAGACUUUUGGGAGGAUGUGGAGAAAGAGGGGGCCAACCUGCUGCGUUGCAUAUCACCACUGCGAAUGUCCGAAGCUCCCAAGUCGGAUGUGCGCCCAAAAAAGCGGCCACGCAAAAAUCGGAAGACCAUGACAGACAAGCCAGUUCCAUUCAGGGGUCCACAAUCAGUCAGUGCAAAUGGAGAUGUUGUAAGAAUAGACAAUACUCAGGGAACACAACUAUGCAAGAAAAGGAAGAGAAGGCGUAAAAGAAGAAAACAUGCAGCUGAAAAUGAGUCGAGUAAAUCAGAUAAAUUAGUGGAUAGUGAUGGAGAAGAAAAUGAAAGUGCAUUCUCAGGUAAAUUCAGUAGCGACCCUGAGAAAGGAAAUGAGGAACCAGUAGUAGAGCAAGGUGAGACUGUUCCUGUAGAUGGAGCUGAUUCACAAAGAACCGCUGUGGAUCCCCAUCAAUCUACUAACUCAGGAACGCUCAAGAUGGCAGCGACAGAACAGAACACCUUUCAGCCUAAGCGACAGAAAACCCUGGAGGGCUCAGAAAAUCAUAACACCAAAACGAAGGGGGGGAAACGUAGUUUGAGAGAGUCGUUACGAAGACAACAAGCAAUCUCACAACUUAAGACACCAAGAAGCUUCGAUCCACAACAAGCAGCAAAGUCAACAGGCUUCCCGAGAGCCGGUGCGCUGAUAGCUAGGUUUGAGGCAAAGCGAAUGCAGCGCAUCCAUGCGAAGAGGACUUCCUGUAAGAGUUCAAGAAUCGUAGUUAAUUGCGCAGAAACACAGGAACAAGAAACCAGUUUCAGACAUCGUUUUCCGAGCAAAAAUUUAACUACCUCAACUGCAGUAUCCGAUGUGGAGUGUUCAACACAUUGUGUUGACUCGUUGAAGCCACAUGUCACGCCUACACCGGCAAGGUAUUGCAGUGUACAGGAGCGCAUUGCCGAUUUCAGUGCAAAACGACAAAAGCGCAUCCGUGAGAGACGAUUUUCACGCAAAAGCACAAGGCAGCACAGCUCUGACCAAGACGAUAGUACAGCACAAGUAGACUGUAAUGUGUCAGCAAGUAAGCGUGAAGCGACCAGAAUUUCAGAACCUAAUUCUCAGGAUCCGAUGCCUUGUGUUGAUCAACAACCAACUCCUGAACAAAACCAUACAUUCAACCCACCAGGGUUUCACGGAGUAAAAGCACGUAUUGCUGCGUUUGAGGAGAAGCAACAAAGAUGCAACAACAGGCCCAAAAGGAAACGUCUCAAGAAUGGUAAAGAUCCAAGCACACAUCAGGGAUUAAAUAGCUCCACGGAUUGCAGUCAGCAAGUAACUCCAGAUGCCGAUCAGCAUGCCGCAACAUCCACUUUCACGAAUCCUGAUGAUUUGGAAAGCCCAAUCCUGAUCAAGAACAAACCCACAAGAGAAACAGACGACCUUACCAUCGUCACAUCAAAGAGUAACCACGACAGAAGUCAUCAUGAAUCUCAAGUACACCAAAGAAAUGCAGCAGAGUCAUUCUGCUCAGAUUGUGAAGACAAAACAGCUGUUGCCCCCCAGUCACUUCGAUCUCCACUUGUCAUGAGUAUUAACCAAGGAGGAUAUAUUGCAAGAAGCACCAAGCUUCUUCGCAGAAGUCAUAACAGGAGAAGGCAAAAUAGUGGGGGAUCUUUCUCAGAGUCAGAUACAAGUUCAGCACUUAGUCAUUCAUCCAGUGAUGUAGCCAAGAAACUCACAUCACCCGCUCAAUCUUGCGUGGAUCAAACUGCCCAACAAUCGCCUCCUGUGGAAUCCACAGAUUGUACAAGAUUAACCGUCCCCUCAGAUUCGUUCAAGUCUUCCUUGAUUGGUGCUGUCCAAGCAUUGCAUGCCAAAACUGUACACAGGAAGCAUCACAGAAGAAAAAGAGACACUCGCGUUUCAUCAUCAGAAUCCAAGAAACAGACAGUCAGCGACUUGGUUGAUGUGCCUUCUGUAGAUGGUAGACCUUCCCAACGACAAUCGCCAAGUGUCUCACCUGCAGCAAAACCCUUGCCUGCUUCACAGCCUUUUGGGUUCAUCAGGUUCACCCGAAGUGCACGCAGACCAUUGGUGAGAAGAAAGGAAACUAUCAUGCUGGAGCGUCUCUUCUCAAGCAGCGAAGAGACUGAUCAGGACGUGGCCAGUGCAAGGGCAGCCAGUCAGGAGUUCCUCCGUGAGAAUCCAGACUUAGGGGAUAAAGAAGUUGCUGCUGAUUGCAAUGAUCUUGGCCGUCAGGGUUUCAUAUUUGAAGAUGAGGGCAGCGUAGUCGACAGUUGUGCACUGGAUGUUGUUGAAAUUGAUAACACAAGUGUUGAAAAUAAUGCAGAGGAAAAUCCUAGUGAAGAACUUAAAGAAGACCCUAGCUGUCAGAAAUCCAAGCAGUCAUUCAAAGCAACUGAGCAGAAUCAGCCGGCAUUCAAAACAAAACCUCAAAAUGGACUGACCCAACAAGAGUUAAGAAACUCAAAGAAACGAGCCCCAAAAGGGAAGAAAUUGACCAAAAAGACUCGUACCAAGCAGACCGAGCCAAACAUUGAAAAACAAGAUGAAGCAAUGACGACAAGAACUGCAAAGGAAGAAGGGCUUCUGGUGGAUCUCAAAAAUCGAUUGAGCCGGCGAAAAAAUAAAUACAGAAAGCAAAAAACAGCUGAGAAAAUUGCAAGAAAUACUGCUACCAGAAAGCGUUGUUCCAGAGAUGCCAAAUUGAAGAACUCUAAGACAGACGGAGAUGGGAAGAAGACACCAACAUUGCUGGCAACAUGGAGUGAUGCAAUUCAUGCAGUGCAAGAGGAACAACAUUCCCCGAGAAUCCAGGACAACAGGGAAAGCUGCCAGAGAAUAGUGCCUUCCUUCCCUGUGGAAUGGGAAGACCCUCUGGUGCCCGGCAUGCAGCAGCAAAUGCAUCGGCAGUAUCUGCAGGACAGAUUCUUUAAACUACUGUCAAAACAGGCGAAGGAAACGCACCAGACCCAUCGGCAUCCCCAGAAGCGAUCGAACAAGAAGAAGCAACAGGCUGAAAAUCAUCAAAAUAGCAUAAGGAGAAUAACGGCGGAACUUGAAAACGACGGUUGGAUUGACUACACAACCCUACCUGAGAUCUUGACACUGCAAGACCCCAAAAGAUUCAUCCGAAGGAUCAAGAAGAAAUAGGGAUUUUUUCCCCUCCAUCAUCUGUAAUAUUCACAUUUUAGUCUUAUUUAUCAGAUUAAUUUCAAAAUUUCA